AUGGCUAGGAAUGUUUACUUCGGAGCGAAGAUGUAUCCAUCUCCGUACUUGUUCGACCCCUUGCCUCCUCCCCAUCAUGGCAGGACUUCGGCUGUUGAGUCGUUGGACGUUGCCCCUGCUGCCGCACUAAACGGCGUUUUGCCUGCGUGGCUGGAUUUACCUGAUGGAGAGGAUGUGAUAAGACAGUUUGGUUUAGACCUCGAUCAAUACUCUGUUCAGGUUUUGAACAUCCCAGGCUAUGCAAACUGGACAUCCAACGGUUGGCAUGUUCGACUCCAUGGCCAGACAUACAGAAUUCCUGCACUCGCUGGGUCUGACAUUGACGAUCUCGCAAAACCGUUUGUCCCAGGAGUUGAUUAUGACAGUAUGAACGAAACGACGAAAGCUCAAGCACGCAAUAUGACGAGUAGUAUGUACGCUAUUCCACAAAGCGGAGUGGGCGUUGAGGUUGAUUUUGUGUAUAACCGUCAAUCGAUUGCACGAGCGCGAUUACCACAACGAACGGAUGAGAGAGGAGAGUUUGAUGCGUUUGUCAAUGUCAAUGUUUCGACCGGCACUGUACCCAACGGAGACCAAACGGAGUUUACGCAAGGGAUUCAGCUCUUUGCCAAUGGAUCCACCUUGGGCAACGCAUCGUCCUAUUUCGUCCCGACGCAUGGAUUUACUCUCAUCACCGAUAUUGACGACAUUUUGCGCGAAACUAGGGUAUAUGAGCCCGACGCAGGGAUGAGGAACUCCUACAUAUAUCCUUUUAAGCCUUGGAGAAACAUGCCCGAUGUUUUCCGACUAUGGCAAUCUGUUUCUCCGAGUCUCCAUUUCCAUUAUCUCUCGACCAUACCCAUCAAACUCAGUCGUCCGUAUAUGAACUUUAUCUAUGGGACAUACCCUAUCGGAAGUUUUGAUGUUCGACCUAUGAACUACACCACCCUAUCUCACGUCUCCGAAAGUCGGCGCCUCAACCUCGAACAGAUUCUCCAGUCGUUCCCACAACGUAAAUUUAUUUUGUUAGGCGAAACUAGUAAUGCGGAUAUCAUGACUCAGUACCCGAUAAUGGCGAAGAAGUACAUUGACCGUGUUCAGUGCGUAUUGUUGAGAAAUACGAGCGCUACUGACUCGGGCGAUUUCUUGCCUUAUGACACGUCGGGCCUGGUGAAUUUGGAUCAGCAGAGGUGGAUGUUUUUCAGGACUCCUGACGAUAUUGCCGGUCUGAACUUUACCAACGGCGAAUGCAGGAACUCCUCAGUUCCUCAGAACGUGACAUUUGAUUUUGAGGGUGUGCCCAGACUACUGAAUGCUGCGAGCCCAAGGGUUGGAUCUAUGCCAUUCGCUUAUGGCUUGGCGUUGUUACUUGGAGCGAGCUUGGGGCUGGUGCUGUAG